AUGUCCCACCUCAGAGGCUACAUCACAUCAUAUCCGCCACGCGUGCGCCAAUAUGCGAACGCGUUGUUGACGCCUGUCUACCCUGUACAGACGGGUCCAACGCCGAGGACGACAAAACGCGGUACCACGGCGAUCAACUAUGCGGAGGACGGUUACGACGAUGAUGACUUUGACGACAGUGACAAUCCCCGUCGGCCGACGGGGCUCAGAAGUCUCAGACGCGAAGAAUCCGCGGGCGGCACGUUGUCGGCAUCGGAAAAGCUGGGCAAGGAAGCACAUGCGCCGGUGGAGGUUCAAGGCGUUUUUCGUGAAUGGAUGAUCAAGCGGAUGUUACGACCUGCGUGCGCCGAGCAAUUACAAAUCCAAGCGCAGCUUCCCUUGACCCUGGUGCCCAUUCGAAUUGACGUUGAAGUCGCUGCACACCAACCUCUUGAGCCAUUCCCUUUCCCUCGCGGCGUCAAUGAGCAGGUCAUCAACCCUGCUCUUCCUGCAUACCGGCGGCCGGACCCAAUGCCACCAUUCCGAAUCAAGGACACCUUCUUGUGGAAUCUCCACGAGGCUCUAGCCACGCCGGAAGAGUUUGCAAUUGGCUUCGUGCGCGAUCUCGACCUGCCCAAUCCCCAAGCGACCACAAUGACUAUCAGUAACCAGAUUCGUCAACAAUUAGAAGAAUACGCUGGUGUCGCACUGCACCCUCUGUUCCAGAGCAGUCACUCGAUUCCCGCGCCCAGCGUGCCACCCAGACGGGAGGGAUCUCGGGGAGGUACACCAAUGACCCCCGCUGCCAGCGCCGUGGAUACAAACGCGACCCGCGGUGAUGGAGCUACAGUAACGGCGACCAAGGAGGCCUUGGUCAAUGACAGUCUCCUCAAUCCGGACGAUGCCUAUCGAUGCUUGAUCAGUCUGAAUAUCAAUCUGCAAAACAAGCUCUACACGGACAAAUUUGAGUGGUCCCUGCUCCACCCGCCCGGGAUGGCGGAAGAAUUCGCUCAAGUGACGUGCGCCGAUUUACACCUUGGUGGCGAGUGGGUGAGCGCUAUUGCGCACGGCAUCUACGAGGCGGUAUUGAAGUUGAAGAAAGAGGUGUGCGAAAGCGGUGGUCUUGUCAAUGGAUACGGAAACGAGAUCGACAAUCAAGCUGCCAACGGAGUGGAGGCUGGUUGGCGAUAUGAUCCAGAAACGCUGGGAGACAAGUGGGAGCCUCAAGUGGAGGCCUUGUCCAAAGAGGAGAUCGAGCGACGUGAAGGUGACCGUGAGCGCGAGAUUCGUCGUGUGCGACGAGAAACCGCCCGAUUCUCCUCGACUACGGGUAUCACCCCCGAGGUUUCACGGCAGAAUAGUGGUGGCUAUUUCGAUAUUGAUAGUGAAACGCCCUUGGGUCGUGGCGAACGCAACAAGCGCAAGCGUCGCUUCCGCAGUCUCAGUCCAGCGGGCAGAGGCACGCCUGGUGGCCGCGGUACCCCGGAGACGGGAUCCGGUGCGGGUUAUGGAGGUGGAGGUGGUACUCUGACAGAUUGGGAGCGACAAAGCUGGCGAUGCAGCAACUGUAUGGUCUGGGGGACCGCCGUAUGGGCUGUCCGAGAUGGACCCGAUGGGCCUCGUACUCUCUGCCACAACUGCGGUUUCCUUUACGAACGGGACAAGACCACGCCCGAAUGGUCAAGGGACCUUCAUCGCCACGAUAUUCCCGUCGGUCGUUUUACCUAG